AUGGCGUCACACAAGCUUCCAUUUCACGCGGACCAUAUCGGCUCCCUGAUACGGCCGGCAUCCCUUUCAAGUCUCCAAGAACAAGCCGACGCCGGUGCCAUCACACCAACCGAGCUUCGUCAAGGUCAGCGAGCGGCCAUCGCGGACAUUGUCGAGAAGCAACGCACCCAUGGCGUCCGAGCUCUGUCAUCAGGCGAAUUCGAUCGCAAGUACUACUUUUCAGGAUUUUUCGAAAAGCUAGGCGGCUUUCGAGAAGUCAGCCCUGUACCAUGGGAUCUCGCCCGCUUGUCUGCGCCGCCCAUCGCAGCCCUCAAGAAAGCAGGGCAACAGUACAUGAUGGCAGCAGUGUGCCAUGACAAAAUCACCUACGAAAGCAGUCCGUAUCUCGAAAACUGGAAACUACUCCGGGAUUCGGUCCCCAAGGAGCUAUGGGGGGAAUGCAAAUUCACCAUGCCACCGCCUUGUUAUUUCCAUCUCCGACUUGCGCCAGGCAAAUCCUACGACAACAGCGUGUAUCCCAAUGACGAAGCGUUUUUCGCAGACUUGGCAAAGGCGUACAGAAAGGAGAUUAAGACGUUGUACGAUGCUGGACUGAGGAACCUCCAGAUUGAUGACCCUACUCUUGCGUAUUUCUGCUCAGAUGAGAUGAUUGAGUCGCUUAGAGCUGAGGGAGACGAUCCGGACAAGUUGUUUGAUCUGUAUCUGAAGGCACAUAAUGAUUGUAUUGCCGAUCGACCUGCGGAUAUGCAUGUUGGGCUUCACGUAUGCAGAGGCAACUUUUCGAAAUCGAUGCAUUUUAGCGAGGGCUCGUAUGAAAAAAUUGCAGAGAAAUUCUUCACAACUCUACAUUACGAUACCUUCUUCCUCGAGUACGACAACCCUCGCUCCGGUGGCUUCGAGCCGUUGCGAUUUCUGCCCAAGGGUAAAAACGUUGUCCUCGGGGUAGUCACCACGAAAGAUCCGCAGCUCGAGGACUCAGAGACGGUCAAGAGUCGUGUGCGCGAGGCAGCCAAGAUAAUUGCCGACGGGCAGGGGCGAACUGUUGAGGAAGCCAUGGCGAAUAUUGGUAUUAGCCCGCAAUGUGGAUUUGCUAGUGUCGCGGUGGGUGCGGACGGCAUGACGGAACAGAAGAUGUUUGAUAAGCUUAAACUUGUUGAGGAUAUCGCCAAGGAACUGUGGUCGUAG